UUUUUCCCCUUGUUGGCCCAUACCCUUAAUGUCGACAACAGCUAAAGAACUUAAAGUAAACGACGUCUUGGUUGAAGAGGACGAGGGAAAACUUGGACGUAAUAAUGAAAGAGCAUGUCAAACAAAAACAUGGAGUGAACAACACUUUAUAAAGUAUCGUAAAAUGAAGCGUAAAUUAGUUGAAAUGAUUGCUAAAAAAAAAGAAUAUCAAGCCGCGUUGGAUAAAGCUCACCGUAAAAUACAAGGAUUAGAAAAAAAGAGUCGUCAACAGCUACAACAAAAGCGUACAUCAAUAAAAAAGACAGAUGAUAUGGACACAAGUACUGUAGAGGAUGAGAUGGAAGAUAUUGAAGGUGGAAUGCUGGAUGAAGAAGAAGACGAAGAGGAAGAUCAAUUGGAUGAAGAUGAUGAAAUAAUUCCUACACCGAAAAAACAACGCCUUUCAAAGAGAAAACGUGUGCUUAUACCAAGGGAUGAAGAUGGCGCCAUCAUCUUACCUUUUCAGAUAGCGUCUUUAAAUGUGAUUGAUUUGGGCACGAUUGAUAGCGAGAGACCUGGUUAUCAUAAUGAUAGGUACAUAUUCCCUAUUGGCUACACAGUGGAGAGAACCUAUAUGAGUAUGGUUGAUCCCAAUAAUCAAACGACGUACACGUGUAAAGUAGAAGAUGGACAAGAUGGGCCACUGUUUACGCUUUGCGCUGCGGAUGCUCCUCAAAUUGAAUUAUCAGCUAAGACAGCAACAGGGGUUUGGGCUUCUGUCAUCAAAAGAGCAAAUGAGGUUAGACAGAAAGAGUCUUCUAAUGCUAUUUCUGGCCCAGAAUACUAUGGAUUUGCUCAUCCAUUGGUUAUUGAAAUGAUGGAGGAAAUGCCUGGGGUUGAUGCUUGUUCCCGUUACCGCAGAAAGCACAAGGCAUGAAAAAUCCCUUAUAUAUCACCCCCACCCCCCAAUUAAGUGUAAAAAAAAUAAAUAAAAAAAUACUAAAAUAAUAAAAAACCCCA